AGCACCGCGCGACCGCGUCUCUGUCCUGGGGAUGCGGGGAGGGGGAGCACGGAGGGGCCGUUACGGUGGGGCCGUUACCGGAGGGCUCGCAGUAUGGAGCUGCUCCUGGUGAUGCUGCUGGCGAUGCUGGCCGUUCUGCAUUCACAAGUGCCUCUGCACAUCACAGUUCCCCAGAGGGUGCUCUCAAACACAACUGGAGAGACGGACACGCAGUCCUACAUUCUCUCAGUGGAAGGGAGGCUGUACACCAUUCACCUCAAGCAGCAGUUCUUUUUACCUGCCGAUUUCAGCAUUUACACAUACAACAAGACAGGAUCGUUGCGCUCUGAUUCACCCUAUAUCAAGGGCGACUGCUACUACCGUGGCUACAUCGAGGGCAUUCCUGGCUCAGCAGUGACUCUCAGCACAUGCAUGGGGCUCAGGGGCCUUCUGCAGUUCCACAACGCCAGCUAUGGGAUCGAGCCGCUGGGCUCCUCGCCCUCCUUCCAGCACGUGGUUUAUCCCCUGGGCAGUGGGGCUGCAGCUGGGGCUCUGCUCCCACACGACCACCCUGGGGGCAGCAGGGAUGCGCUGGCGGCUGACAGCAGCUCUGACAAAGCACAACCAGCUCUGAAACUUCUGUCAAAGCACCGCAGGGAGGUUUUGCUCCAUGUCAUUCUGGACAAGAAUUUGUACAGGCACCUGGGGGACGACAAAUACAUCAUGACACGGAAGGUGAUUCAGCUCAUCAGCUUCAUCGACAGCAUGUUCAGCGCCCUGAAUGUGACCGUGAGGUUGUCCUCCCUGGACGUCUGGAAGACCAAGAGCAAAUUUCAGACCACAGGGUCUGGAGAAAUGGUGCUGCUGCGCUUCUUGAAUUGGAAGAGGAGAAGAGCAAUCCUGCGGCCCUACGAAGUGCCCUUCCUGCUGAUGUACCGGGACCAGGCUGACUUUGUGGGUGUGACCACUCCAGGGACGCUGUGCCUCUAUGAUGAAUCCGGUGCUGUGGCCGUGCUGCAGCGCGCCGUGACUCUGGAAUCGUUCUCCGUCCUCCUGGCGCAGCUGCUGGGGCGCAGCAUGGGCAUGGGAUUUGAUGAUGGCCGGGGCUGCCACUGCCCCACAUACAGCUGUGUCAUGGAAUCGGCAGCAAUACGCAUCGGUGGGGCAAAGACCUUCAGCAGCUGCAGCGCUGCGGAUCUGGAGCAGUUCCUGUCGCAUAACCGAGAGUGCACCUUCCUCAGGCCCCUGCAGGCGCACCCCGACUCCAAAGUUGCCAUCUGCGGUAAUGGCUUGGUGGAGCAGGAUGAGGAAUGCGACUGUGGCAGUGAUGCGUUCCUAGUGUGCUUGCAGGCGUGUGCCAAAGAUGUGUGCUGCACUACGCAGUGCAAGCUGAAGCCCGGCACAAAGUGUUCCUUGGGACUGUGCUGUGAAAAAUGUCAGUUCAAAGCUGCCAACACUCUGUGCCGUCCCGCCGCCGACGCUCAGUGCGAUCUGCCCGAGUUCUGCAACGGCUCCUCCGCCUUCUGCCCCCCCGACGUCUACGUGCAGGAUGGGCACAGCUGUGAGCACAACACCGGCUACUGCUACCAUGGGCAGUGCCAGUCUGCUGAGCUGCAGUGCCAGCAGUUCUAUGGGAGAGGUGCAAAAAAUGCCCCUUUGGCGUGUUAUGAAGAAAUCAACAGUCAUCAGGAUAGGUUUGGGAACUGCGGUAAUCGGCUGCUGGAUGGGUACCAGCCCUGCUCCUGGCUGAAUCUGGGCUGUGGAAAGCUCAUCUGCACAUACCCAAAUCGAGUUCCCUUCACCAAAUUAAAGGGUGCCAUGAUUUAUGCUCAAGUGCAAGAACAUCUGUGCGUGUCUUUCGAUGUAAUGGAUGCACCCCCUGAGGCAGAUCCUUUCCUGGUUAAGGAUGGCACAAAAUGUGGUCCUGGAAAGGUGUGUAUGAAUGGCACUUGCCACCCACACUCCGUUCUGAACUAUGACUGCAACGUAGAGAAAAAAUGCCAUGGGCACGGGGUGUGCAAUAACAAGAAAAACUGCCACUGUCACCCAGGCUGGAACCCACCCCACUGCAGGAUUCAGGGAUCUGCGCUGGGUGGCAGCAUUGACAGCGGGCAGAGGCUGCGGGAAAUGGAGAGCCAUUCCCCAAAGGUCUCUCCGAAGGAUAUGCUGAAAAACGCGCUGCUGCUGAGCUUCUGCCUCCUGAUCCCCAUCCUCAUCUGCAUCGUCAUCCUGGUCAUGAAGUGGAACCGGCUGAUGCGGCGCUGUGCCAGGAGGGAGAUGGAAGCUGCUGACUCCACCGGCGGGGAAAUCAGCAGCAUCGGGAGCAACGAGAGCAGCGGGAGCAGCCAGAGCAGCCGUGCGGGGAUGGAGCCGGAGCCGGAGCGUGGCUAGCAUUGCGCGAGGGACUCACGCGAGCAAUAAAGACGUUGAAGCAAC